AUGGACCGCUUGGGAAGAAGAAGUGGUAUUGUUCCACACACCACGCAAAAGGGUGCAGAGCAGCUUUGUUCACUGUGGACGAUGUCGUCGUGCUUGCGAACACAGAACAUACUCAUCCUGCUCCAAGAUAUUGAGAAGGGCCUGAGGUAUCCCUUCGAUGACAAGAGCAGGAUAAUUUUAUAUAAAAGUCUUGCACCUAUUACUUUCAUUCACCUGUCCUUU